CCGACACCGAUUGUUCCGAUCAACCUCAGAGGGAACGGACAGACACAACUAGUCGAGAUCGACAUUCGCCACAGAGGCAAUCAACUUCUGACAUGACAGUUCUCGACAUGCUUCCUAGUAAGACAUUUGUAUCGAAUGUUGAAGAAGAGAAUCUUCCGGCCCUCCCCUUCAGCAGUGGAGCCAAAGCGCUGGUAGAUACGGUUUAUUUCUACACCCAAGCACGGUAUUGCAUUAUAGACUGGACGCAGUUGCGGGAGUGGCAUCGAGAUCGAGAGGCUAUUGCCUAUGUUUCCACUGACAGCCCUGUGGAUAUACAAACAGGCGCCUUUUUCAUUUGGAUUAUUUAUGCCAUUGGAGCCUGCUUGGUUCCGAAUCCUGAGAGCUCAACGGAAGCCUAUUUCUCUCGAGCACGAAUAUACCUCCCAGCAGUCCUGGGUCUACAGAACUUGACUACAGUGCAGGCUCUUUUAUGUCUGACGCAGUACUAUUUCCGAGCCCCGACUGAAUCUCCGAUAUGGGACCUGGUUGGACUUGCACUGCGCCUAUGUAUCAAACACAGAUACCACCGCAAGAUCAUCACUCCAGAUGUAGAUCCGUAUACGAUUGAGCUUCGAAAACGGUUUUUCUGGUGUGCGUAUUGCUUUGAUCGGCUACUUGCAAUUUUGUAUAAACUGCCUUUUGGAAUUAGUGAUUCGGAUAUUGAUGUUGAGACCCCCGUUGAUAUCGACGAUACUUGCAGAGAUCAGCAGAUGAUUUGCCAACUGCAAUUAAAGCAGGCUGCUGGUGAGUCAGAGGAAGGGGAAAUUACCACAAUGACUGCCGCGUUACACCAUCUGCAAGUAUACCGAAUCCGGUCAAGAAUACUAACCAACUUCACCGGCCCACAUGCCCGCAUCCCCUCCCUAGCAGAUGUUGAACAUCUUCUAUCCGAACUCGACCAAUGGCGCCAACAAGCACCUCGAAAACAAGACUCACGAUCCUUCCCCCAGCAAAACCCAGAUCGCGUACAAGCAAACUACUUCCAGGCCGUGCUACUCCUCCUCCGCCCAAUCCUACUCGGCGAUGUCGUCGAUUCCGAUCUCAUUCGGUUGUGUGUUGAGUUUGCGACUGACGCAUGCGAAAGCGCAAAAAUCCUCAGCCUCAACCCCCUCACUCUCCCCGACCGCAUCACCGUAUACCACUGCUUCUACGGCGGCAUCACACUCCUCCAGUGUCUUGCGAUUAAGCCAACGGCAUUAACGCCGCGACGGGCACACCAGGCCAUCAGUGCGUGUUUGAGUGCGUUGGCAGUAUACACGCGCGUGUUGCCAGCUGUGGCACCAUUCCUGAGGCUGUUUGAGGAUGUAUCGAAUUUGUUCGUGUGUGACGAGCAUAUGGCGGGGAUUCAUCCGAGUGGAAAGGUGAGGGGGCUGUUGAAUAGAAUUGUUUCGAGUGAUCCGUCCGAGGCAUCGGGGAUUUUAUGUUCGCUAUCGCAGAAGGAAAGUCACCAGGCAUCGCCGGAGCCGUUGGCAGAGGAAAAGAUGACAAUCCAAUAUGACUCUAUCCUGGGUGGUCAGUCGUCUGUGCUACCGCUUGAUAUGCCAUUAACAAUUUCUCCCCUCUACGCACCUGAUCUGGAAAUCAUGGACUUAUGGACUGGCUGGCUGGAUCCUCCGUCGGUGGCUGGAAAUAUGGAAUGAAGGCGAAUGUUGUAUAUUAAGAGGAUAGGACUAUUCAAAAUAGCAUCUAUACAUUGCAGAUCCGCUAUG